AUGCCGACCAACGAACAACCAGAAAGCAGCAUAAAGCCAACACUUCACCCGGUGUACAUUGUCACCAAUAUCCAACAUAAGGUACGUAUACUUGAUGGAAUCAAGGUUACCUAUUCUUCUUGGGUGAAGUUAUUCAAGCUUCAUGCAAAAGGAUACAAAGUCUUGCAUCACAUUGACGGAAUUGCGGCUCCCAAAGUCAGUGAUGCAACAUACGAAUCAUGGUCUGAAAUCGAUGCUAUUGUUCUCCAGUGGAUAUACGGUACACUUUCUGAUAAUCUUCUGGUUCGUAUAUUGGAACCCGACACCACAUCAUAUGAAGCAUGGAAGAAAUUAUCAUCAAUCUUCCUCAACAAUAAGGGAUCUCGUGCAGCAGCUUUGCAACAUGAGUUCAACAACCUCAAACUCUCAUCCAUGACAUCAUUGGAAGAAUAUUGUCAACGCCUCAAGGAUUUGGCCUCACAACUCGACGAUGUUGAAAACCCGGUAACAGAAAAUCGUCUUGUACUUCAACUGGUACGUGGCUUACCCUCUGAAUUUGAUACUAUGGCUUCUUUUAUCAACCAAAGCCUCCCAACAGGGGACACGGCAUGUAGCAUGCUUCAACUUGAACAACAUCGCCAAUCCAGUCGAGAGAGCAAUAACACAACCGAAAACUCUUCCGGUGGAGACCUUGUUGCUACACACACCAACAUAGCUGAUGAACCAACUCCUCCACACCAGAAUCGCCGACCCCGAUCAAACCAAAAUUGCCGCCCUAUGAACACAGGUAAUCGUGGUCGUGGCGGAAACAACACUCGUGACACUCGUGGUCGCGGCGCUCCUUCCGGUAAUCACAACAUCAGGCCUCCAGGUGAACCUCCGGGUAAUGCUCUAUACUCGUAUUGGGCUGCAUACGCUCCACCACCAUGUCCUUUUCCUGCUCGGCAAGGUUGGGUCUACCCAUGGAAUUACGGAUACUUAUAUUAG